AUGAGCGUCCGGACUCCACCCAGACUUCUGGAGCUGGCGGGGCGGAGCCUGCUGAGGGACCAGGCCUUGACCAUGUCCACCCUGGAGGAGCUGCCCACGGAACUUUUUCCUCCCCUGUUCAUGGAGGCCUUCAGCAGGAGACGCUGUGAGGCCCUGAAGCUGAUGGUGCAGGCCUGGCCCUUCCGCCGCCUCCCUCUGAGGCCUCUGAUAAAGAUGGGUUGUCUGGAGACCUUCCAAGCUGUGCUUGAUGGACUUGAUGCACUGCUUACCCAGGGGGUUCGUCUCAGGCGGUGGAAGCUUCAAGUGCUGGAUUUACAGGAUGUCCGUGAGAACUUCUGGAUGGUUUGGUCUGAAGCCAUGGCCCAUGGGUGCUUCCCCAAUGCCAUGAGGAACAGAAAACCAGUGCAGGACUGUCCCAGGAUGAGAGAACAGCAGCCCUUCACUGUGUUCACAGACCUUUGGCUCCAGACCAGGACUCUGGAUGAAUAUCUCACCUGCCUCCUCCUGUGUCAGAGGGAAGAUUUACUACACCUGUGCUGUAAGAAGCUGAGAAUUUUGGGAAUGCCCUUCCACAAUAUCAGAAACAUCCUGAAAAUGGUGAACCUGGACUGUGUCCAGGAGGUGGAAGUGAAUUGCAGUUGGAUACUGCCCAUCCUGACACAGUUUACCCCAUACCUGGGCCAGAUGAGGAAUCUACAGAAGCUCGAUCUCUCCCACGUGGACGUCUCUCACUACGUUUCCACAAAGCAGAAGGAGUUUGUUACCCAGUUCACCUCUCAGUUCCUCAAGCUGCACUACCUCCAAAAGCUUUAUAUGAACUCUGUUUCUUUCCUCGAAGGCCACCUGGACCAGCUGCUCAGCUGUCUGAAGACCCCGUUAAAGAUCCUCGCAAUAACUAACUGUGUGCUUUUGGAAUCUGACUUGAGGCAUCUGUCACAGUGCCCGAGUGUCAGUCAACUAAACACCCUGGACCUGAGGGGCGUCAGACUGGCCAAUGUCAGUCUUGUGCCUCUCCAAAUUCUGCUAGAAAAAGUCGCAGGCACCCUUGAGUACCUGGAUUUAGAUGACUGUGGCAUCGUAGACUCCCAAGUCAACACCAUCCUGCCUGCCCUGAGCCGCUGCUUUGAGCUCACCACCUUCAGCUUCUGUGGAAAUCCCAUCUCCAUGGCCACCCUGGAGAACCUGCUGUGCCACACAAUCAGACUCAACAACUUAUGCCUGGAGCUGUAUCCUGCCCCGCGGGAGAGUUAUGAUGCUGGUGGUACUCUCUGCCGGAGCAGAUUUGCCCAACUUCGGGUUGAGCUGAUGGGGAGAGUGAGGGACUUAAGGCACCCCAAGAGGAUCUUGUUCUCUACUGACUACUGCCCUGACUGUGGCAACAGGACAUUUUAUGGCCUGGACAUAGAUCAACGCUGCUGUUAA